CAGACUAUGAUCAAAAUUGCUUCGUCAUUAAAAUAUUUCAAUAAAAUUUGUCGGUUUAGUAUUAUCAGUAACCGCUAAAUUAAUAUCUUUUUAUGUUUAUGUUACACUACUAUUACCACAGACGUAUCUAGUUACAAAACUAUAUAUCGUACUUAUUAUUUCUUAAAACUCGAUUGUUACUACUUGCUAGAGGAAUUUCAAGUACAGGCCGGUACUCUGUAGUCUCUAGUUCGAAACUCCGCAAGUGGACUGUAGAGUGAAACUUAGUUUUUAAUGUGACCUUUGCCUUUAAUUGAAAAACUCAAAUAGUUAAUCGAGUCCGUAUUUUAUUCUGUAGGCUUUGAUAAUCGGAAGUGGACGUAAUAAUGGAGAUUGAAAUAUUAAGCGUAUCCGGUUCCAAACCACUGGGAAAAAUACGUGUGAAUGAGGAUGCCACAGUUCAAGAUGUGAAGGAAAAGAUUCAUCAAGGUUUAAAAAAAUCUAUGUAUCCUGAAAGACAAUCCAUCAAACUGGAAUCUAAAGGAAGGUCACUUAAAGACGAGACGACUCUGAAAUCUCUCAACAUAGGUGACGGAGCGAAAUUGUAUUUACAAGAUCUUGGACCACAAAUCUCUUGGCGUAAUGUCUUCCUAGCUGAAUACGCCGGUCCUCUGUUUGUUUACUUAUGGGUAUAUCAAAGACCCUGGAUCCUUUAUGGUGAUGUUACAUCAGCCCCGGGAACAGUCGCUUCUGUUGCAGCAAUUUGUUGGUCUGUACAUUAUGCCAAGCGACUUCUUGAGACUGUGUUUGUCCAUCGAUUCUCAAAGGGAACAAUGCCUCUUCGGAAUCUUUUCAAAAACUGUUCAUACUACUGGUUAUUUACCCUAUACAUUGCAUACCACAUUAAUCACCCACUAUUCACUGCCCCUUGCAACACAUGUUUAUAUGUUGGAGUAGCAGGUUUUACUAUCUGUGAAUUGGGUAACUUAAGCAUUCACAUCCUAUUGAAGAACUUGAGACCACCGGGCACUAAAGUGAGGCGCAUCCCCAAACCAGACGGCAACCCAUUCUCCAUACUUUUCAACUUUGUUUCUUGUCCCAAUUAUACUUACGAGUUCGGAUCAUGGUUCUUCUUCACAGUAUUGACCAAAUGUCUUCCAGCUGGUUUGUUUGCAUUGGUUGGGUUAUAUCAGAUGUCAGUAUGGGCUAUUGGAAAGCACCGUAAUUACAAGAAGGAAUUCCCCGACUAUCCAAAAGGCCGCAAAGCCAUUCUACCAUUUAUUCUCUAAACAAAUAUUUAAGUUUUUAUUUAUUGUUAGUUUUUUAACAUUUUAAUGAGUUGUUUCAAGGUAAACAAGCACUCUGAAUCGAGUACUUCAAUGUAUGAUUUCAAUAUAUGGACUAUAGAGGUGAGGGAAUUUAGUUUUUUUAUUAUUUGAAUAGAGCUUUAAUAUGAUACGGUGUUUAAUAUAUAUCCACAAAUAUGUAUAUAUAUAAUUAGUUUCAAAUGGAUAAACAAAGGGGCAAAUUCAUGUUAUAAUAAAAAUGCAUUUAGUAAAUUAUAUUUUUUAA